AUGGCAGAGUUGAACCUAUCGAAGGAAAGAGCCGAAGAACUUCAGAAAAUUAGGGCAACACUCCCCUCAUUUUCACAGCCGAAUUCUUUAGAAAAAGAACUGGCGAAACUUCCAACAGAGAAGCCGUUCCGGGCAUUUGUUCACAACAUGGUUUUCUCAGCCACAGAGAGUGAUGUCGCGAACAUAAACUUGGUUGGUGGGGAAACUGGAUCUCGUGGUUUCUGUUUCGUGGACUUUGCCACACGAGAUGAUUUGGCGAAGGCACUUGAACGGAACGACGCCCCUCUUUGUGGUCGACCUCUCAGUGUCCGAAUUGCGGACCCCAACACUAGUGAUAGAUCCGGGGGAUUCGGUCGUGACCGCUACGGUGGGGGAAGGCGCACUGGCGGGGGUUAUGAUCGCCCUCGUGGAAGUUACCGACCAGCGUCUCUGCGUGAUGAGCUGCCGGAACCGACUUCUGGAGGUACAGGUGAAUGGCUGCGUGGAUCUACCGUCGGCCGUGCCACAGAACCGCGAACAUCUUUUGGCUUCAAUCGAUCGGUUCCUACUGAACCAACUCCAGAUCGGCCUAGGCUGAACCUUCUUCCUCGUACUGUACCAAUUACCUCCGGGAAGGAAGAACCUAGUCGUGAUCCCAAGAUUUUCGGUCUUGCCAAGCCAGUUGAUACAACGUUUAAAGAUAGGGAAAUUGAAGAACGUUUGAAUCAGUGUGCUCAGUAGCACUACUGUACAUCGAAACAGCACCCGAGUGUAAUUUUUUACUUUACUGCCCAUUGCUUGACCACAGUCCAGAGUUGCCUGCUGUCUGAAAGUAAACUGCGAUGAUUUUGGUUUGUCAAAGUCCUCCUUCCUACUUUGUAUGAUAUCACACUGUUUCCAGGUCUCUGUCACCUGUCCUUGACCGCUAAUGUGCUCUCUACUACCUAGUAUGUUCAGAGUCCACAAUUUGUUUUUCUUUCUUCCCUGUGAAAAAUCUGUUUGCAUCGGGAUGCGUACACGAACGGUUCAGUGAAAC